CACUGUCUAUUUCUCCAUGGAGGAGUGGGAGUAUUUAGAAGGACACAAGGAUCUCUACAAGGACGUCAUGAUGGACACACAUGAAGAGAAUGACAACGUACAACAUGAUCAGAUCACCAAUGAAAAUAUCAAGGAUAUAAAUAUCGAUAUUAAAGAAGAGUAUAAAGAGGAGGAAGAUGAUGUGGUGGAGGAACCUUCAGAAGGACAUAAGAAUAUUAUGGAUCCACCUACCAACACAAACCCACCAGAGAGAUGUCCCCGUCCUCUGUAUUCCCGGGAUUCCACACAGGAAGGUCACACCAUCCCCCACCAUCAUCAGAGUGGGAACCUGAAUGUUCCUACAGUUGAUGUUAAUGAAGAGAUACAAGAGAAGGAUGAUGACGGGGUGAUUGAGGAAGUUAACAAAGAUCUGUUCCAGGACACCAUGGUGGAGUCAUCCAGCCAUAGAGAUCCCCCAAAGAGGCCAAGACAUUCCAGGCAGGAAGAUCACAACUACGCAAGACUUUAUCAGGGUGAAGAUCUGAUGAACAUGAAAGUUGAGUGUGACGUAGAAGAGACGUAUGUGAGGGAUGAUCAGCAAUAUACGGAGGAGGCUGGAAUGACGAGGACAUUCAUAGAGGAGGACACUCCUACAGAGAUCAGCACAGAUAGGAUGCAGAGGAGAGAGGCCUUCAGCCUGGAAGAGCUCAUUGAAAUGGUGCGAUAUCUUGACGAGCAAGGAUAUGACGAUGUCGCUCCUCCUAACGUCUACAAAAAAAAAAGCCAAAUCAUGACCGAGCUCUCGAACCGGCUGCUCAAAAUCUGUGGGAAGAGCCGGACCAAGCGAGAAAUCCAGAAGCGAUAUUCGGACCUAAAAGUCCGCGAGCCUCUCACCAUGAGAAGGAUUCGAAGAAGGCUUCAAAGAUUAGCUGAAUUGGAGAACGCAUACGAGGGGGGCAAUGACUCCGAGCAAGAGUUCCUUCUUCAGUUUGAUAACCCCGAGGAGAGUGAUGCACCCCAACCAGAAUCCAGAGAGAACUCCCCACCCCCAACUGAAGAGGAAAGAGGAAAGAGAGAAGAAAACAAAUUUCUAAUUCCAGAUUCCGAUUCCCAAGCCGAAGGCCAAAACCAUCACAAGGAGCCACCUUGUACGUGUCAUUGUCACUGCCACCAAAAAUACUCCCAGCUGGUAAAGAGACUGGACGCUAUAGAUAAAAACAUCGACGAGCUGAAACAAAUCAUGCUGGAGAUCAAGAAAAAACACUCAUGACGAGCCGAGGAACUCUUCUCAGGCCUACGGAUGGGAACUUCUCCUCGCCGUGGGCUGGUCUCCGCCCCUUCACUCUCUCUUAUAUAUUGUAUAUUCAUAGCGUACGUUGGA